AUGCUCAACGCCGCCGCCAUUCCGGCGGUGCUCGCAGUAUCUUCGUCGCCGCUCGUCUCGUGUCGUGCUGCGGCGCUGCUAUCGUCGCACGCCACUGUGCGAGGAGCGACUGGUAACCGUUUCGCUCACAACGCCGGCCCAUUGACGUCCCUUCAUGUGCUUUCGCGAACCCUAGAAAGACGACCCGCCAUGCAAGCCUUGGGUUUCCGACGCUCGCUCUUCGCGGGGCGGGGUUUAGCGGCGGCUCCCGCGCACGCGGGGCUGGGACUAGCGCUGCGCCACUCGCCUAAGGCCUCCCACGGCGCGCCGAACCCUGUGCGGCUCUCCACUUCGGCGGCUGCGGCGGCCGGGUCGCAGGGCGAGCAGUCACGACAGGCGGGGGAAGGGAGGCGGGCAGGCGGGAGGCAGGGAGCGGGCAGCAGCGUGGGGUUCAGGGAGCGGGGCGGGAGUGGGGCGGGGGGAGCGCACGUGCGCGGAGGAUGGCGAGGGCCCCGCGGGGAGAGCAGGGAGCGCUGGGCGGCGGGUGGAGAAGGGGGAAAAGUUGCAAGGAGCGGGGGACAUGGCGUGGCGGGCCGUGCGAUUGGCGCGGAGGGAGAGCGGGCGAGGGCAGGCGGGCGAGGUGGUGGGCGGGUGGACACGUGGGGGGAGUCGAGAGGCGGGAGGGUUGAUCGGGGGAUGGGCAACGGGAGGAGAGGAAGCGAUUUUGGUUUCAGGGGGGAGACGAGAGCUGAUGACGUGGAGCUCUAUGAUUCGCCAGCAAUGCAAGAUGGGGGCGCGCGCUUUCCGUGGGAGGAGGGCGCUGGAAGGGGCGAGGAAUGGGCGCAUGGCGGAGAGGGGAGGAGGGGCGAGGGGCGGGCAGCAGGGGCGCGCGUGGGCGCAGAGGAUGGGUGGCGGGGCGUGGCAGGGGGGGAGCAGCAGGGGGAGGAGUUCCCGUGGCUGGGGAGGGGGAGGGGCGGAGGGGCAGGCGGCGGGGUGCAAGGGGAGGCGGCGGGUGUGCGGGAAAGGCGGGUGCGGCAGGCGUGGGUGGCGGAGGUGAGUCUGCCGGCCGGUGAGCUGAGGCGGCUGCGGGCCGCAGUGAUGGUGCUGCGGCAGCCGGUGAAGGUGGGGCGGCAGGGCGUGACGGAGGGCAUAGUGGCGGCGGUACAGGCGCGGUGGCGCGCCGGGCACGAGGUGGUGAAGCUCAGGUGCGAGGGCGCGCCCGCCUUCAACAUGCGCCUCACACACGACCAGAUCGAGGGUGGGGAAGGCGGCGUGGCAGCAGCAGCAGCAGCAGCAGCAGCAGCAGCAGCAGCAGCAGCAGCAGGCGAGGAGGACGUGACGGUGGGGUUGGGUCCCAAGGUGGCGGGGUGGGAGCGGCCUGGCCAUGCCCCCGUGGACGCCGACCAGCUGCUGGGGGGAGCGGCCGCGGUGGGGUACCGCGCGCCGUUCAGGCUGGUGCCGUAUGGUGUGAGCAGCAAGCUGAGCAACGAUGAGAUGACCCGCCUGCGCCACCUUGCCAGGAAGCUGCCGCCCCACUUCAUGCUAGGGCGCAACAGGGGGUUGGAGGGGCUGGCGGCGGCGGUGGUGGCGCUGUGGGAGCGCAGCGAGGUGGCCAAGAUUGGCGUCAAGCGCGGCGUGCAGAACACCAGCAACGAGCGCAUGGCAGAGGAGCUCAAGAGGCUGACGGGCGGGGUGCUGUUGGCGCGCGACAAGUUCUUCAUCUCGUUGUACCGCGGCAAGGACUUCCUGCCCGCUGCGCUCGCCGCCACACUCGCAGCACGGCAGCAGCAGGCGAGGCAGAGUGCGGACGAGGAGGAGAGGGAGCGCCUGCUCGCCCUGCCCUCGCUGCUGCUGCCCUCGCCCUCCGGCCCCGCACACGGCGAGGAGGGCGCAUGGGGAGCCUCUCCUGGGAGCGCAGUGCACUCGUCUGAGGGCAGGGGAGACGCGGAGGGCGGGGAGGAGGAGGAGGAGGUGGAGGGGCAGCUGGUGGAGGGGCAGCUGGUGGAGGGGCAGCUGGUGGAGGGGCAGCUGGUGGAGGGGCAGCUGGUGGAGGAGGAGCGGCGGCGGCGGCGGGAGGCCAUAGAGGCGUCCAGGCGGCUGGCACUGGCACGGCAGAUAGAGCAGAAGCUGGCUCAGGCGCUGCGCAAGAAGGGGCGGGCGGAGGAGCAGUUGGAGAAGCUGCGGGCGGUGCUGCGGCCAGUGGAGGUGCCGGCGGACAGUGAGACGCUCACGGAGGAGGAGAGGCACAUGUUCCGCAAGCUCGGCCAGAAAAUGCGUGCCUACCUUGAAAUGGGCAAGCGGGGCGUGUUUGCAGGGCUGGUGGAGAACAUGCAUCUGCACUGGAAGCACCGCGAGCUCGUCAAGAUCAUCUGCAAGGACCGCGACCGGCGCCGAGCGGAGGACGUGGCGGCCAUGCUGGCGGUGGAGAGCGGGGGCGUGCUGGUGGGCGUGGUGCCAGUGAAGAAGCACCACGCCAUCAUUGUGUACCGCGGCAAGAACUACUCUCGCCCCGCCCUGCUGCGCCCCAAGGGGCUCCUCACCAAGCGCCAGGCGCUCACACGCGCCACCGAGGAGCAGCGCCGUGCGUCACUGGAGGCACACAUGAGGGAGCUCGAUGCUGCCAUCGCGCGCCUCUCACAAGGACUGGUCAGUGCUCUCCUUCUCCUCCCCUCCACUCUCCUGCCCUUCUUCUCCUCUCCACUCUCCCGCCCUUCUUCUCUCCUCCACUCUCCCGCCCUUCUUCUCCCCCCACUCUCCCGCCCUUCUUCUCCCCUCCACUCUCCUGCCCUUCUCCUCCCCUCCACUCUCCCGCCCUUCUUCUCCCCUCCACUCUCCCGCCCUUCUUCUCCCCUCCACUCUCCUGCCCUUCUUCUCCCCUCCACUCUCCCGCCCUUCUUCUCCCCUCCACUCUCCUGCCCUUCUUCUCCCCUCCACUCUCCCGCCCUUCUUCUCCCCUCCACUCUCCCGCCCUUCUUCUCCCCUCCACUCUCCUGCCCUUCUUCUCCCCUCCACUCUCCCGCCCUUCUUCUCCCCUCCACUCUCCCGCCCUUCUUCUCCCCUCCACUCUCCUGCCCUUCUUCUCCCCUCCACUCUCCCGCCCUUCUUCUCCCCUCCACUCUCCUGCCCUUCUUCUCCCCUCCACUCUCCCGCCCUUCUUCUCCCCUCCACUCUCCUGCCCUUCUUCUCCCCUCCACUCUCCUGCCCUUCUCCUCCCCUCCACUCUCCUGCCCUUCUUCUCCCCUCCACUCUCCUGCCCUUCUUCUCCCCUCCACUCUCCUGCCCUUCUUCUCCCCUCCACUCUCCCGCCCUUCUUCUCCCCUCCACUCUCCUGCCCUUCUUCUCCCCUCCACUCUCCCGCCCUUCUUCUCCCCUCCACUCUCCUGCCCUUCUUCUCCCCUCCACUCUCCUGCCCUUCUUCUCCCCUCCACUCUCCUGCCCUUCUCCUCCCCUCCACUCUCCUGCCCUUCUUCUCCCCUCCACUCUCCGGCCCUUCUUCUCCCCUCCACUCUCCUGCCCUUCUUCUCCCCUCCACUCUUCUGCGCUUCUUCUCCCCUCCACUCUCCUGCCCUACUUCUCCCUUCCACUCUCCUGCCCUUCUUCUCGCCCUCCGCUUUUAUGCUCAUCUGCUCCUCUUCUGAUGUGGUGACAUCACCUCCUCUCCUUCUGGCGCCUCCCCUCUCGCGCUCCCAGCGCCUUGAGCUCCGGCGCAGGGCUCUCACCCUCGACUCCACCGCCGCCUUCCAAGUUGGGCGCAGCAACGUGGUGGAGGGGCUGGCUCGCGCCAUCCGCCUGCACUUCACACGCCAUGCGCUCGUGAUGGUGGGCAUCCGAGGCCGGGCGGCGGGCACGCCAGUGGACGAGAUCGUCACGCAGCUCGAGGAGGCGACUGGGGGUGUGUUUGUGUCACGGGAGCCGUCCAAGGUGGUGCUGUACCGCGGGUGGGAGGACGGCCACCCCGCCCCCUGGGAGGGGCCGCGCGUCAUGCAGGUGACGCCGCAGAUGGUGGCCGCCAUGCAGAGCGAGGCUGGCAGUGACCUGGGCAUGCACGCUGUGGAGGGUGCUGAUGGCGUGGAAGGCACUGGGAGUGACGGGGAGGUGGAGGAAGAAGGGGAGUCGUGGACAGACCAGUUUGAUCAAUAUGGCACCGAGUUCGACGACCAGGUGUGGGAGCAAUUCGACGACUACGACGAACUCGCCGCGCCGCACGCUCACAGGGACGCCGCGGGUGUCGUUGACGCCAGCUGCGACGCGUCGCACGCUGGGAGACUGCGACAGGUCGAAGGUGGAGGAACUGACGGCGGCCGCGAGGGCCUGUCGUCUGGCCGCUUGAAUGACGACCCGCGAGGGGCGCGCGAGUUGGCAGGCUGGAACGGGUGGGGGGAGCAGCAGGAGGAUGGGGCCGGGAAUGGCGCUGGGGAUGGCGUCGGCAUGGGCAAACACAGUCCUCAUGCGCGCGCAGACCAUACCGCCGCUUGCGCCUUCCCGCGCGCCGAGCUACCAAGCUCCCCGGACAGGCAAGGCGGGGCUUGCGCGGGCGCGAUGGUGGACGGGAUGGCAAGUGAGCCGUGGGGUCACGAGCACGCGAGCCACGUGGAUGAGCUGAUGAGGUCCGCCUAUGCCACGGACGCGCUUUCUUUUCCCUCCGCGGACCUUCUUCCCCUCCCUAGCGCGGACCCUCCCUCCCCCUCUUCCGCGGACGCGCUCCCCCAUCUCACGCGCGCCGACCUGCACUCGUGGUGGGGCCCCGCCUCCGACCCCUCCGUGCCGCUGCCGCCCGCCCCCGCGCUGCUCGACGCCGCCUGCGCCUUCCCCUCCGCCGGCGCCGGCGACGAGCGGUGCCGCGAGGAGGAGCGGCGGGCGGCGCAGGUGUGGGCGGUGGAGGAGCUGGAGGCGGAGCAGGAGGAGGGGGGCGACCACGCGGAAUGGGGGGAACGCGCGGAGGGCGAUGGAGGGGCGAAGGCGGAAGGCGCUGCUGCCUCUGACGCGGACAGCAAGGGCGCAAUGAGAGCAGGGCUUGCGAGCAAUGGUGGUGGUGGUGCUGCUGCUGCGUGUGUGGCACAGGUGCGUGUGUGGCACAGGUGCGUGUGUGGCACAGGUGCGUGUGUGGCACAGGUGCGUGUGUGGCACAGGUGCGUGUAUGGCACAGGUGCGUGCGUGCAAUUCAUGCUUCCAUGCUGCGACUGUCGCGCGCGCCGUUACCUUGCUCCCUCGCAUGCAUGCUGGCACGGCGCACACCACGCCACGCACGGCAGGAUGGCGGAUGCUGGAGGGGGCGUUCUCUGGGGCUACGCCCACAGCUCCGCCCCGCUCACGGCAGUGGCGGACGGCGCGCCGUCAUGGGAGGGUGGCUCCAGCGCUGCGCCUGCUGUGAGCGCGGGCGCGGCAGCUGAGGCUGGCCCACCCAGAAGCUCCAGCCCCGGGGGCUCCUCGCGCUGCCUCUCGCAGGCGAGGCGGAGAGCAGCGACGCGCAGGAGGAGAGAGGGCGAGCAAAGAACAACGGCGUCCAGAAAGCUGCCCCUCGGCCAGCACGCCGUGCCCUUCCCCUCGCUGCCGCACCACUUCCCCAACUACUGCCCUCCUUUCUUCGCCCCCCACAUGUCCGCUGCACCGCUCCUGCCGCUCGCCUCAAGCCAGCCCGCCAGUGCCCGCCCUGCCUCCGCCGCGCCCACUCCCUCGCCCGCCCCUUACCUCUACUCUUGCGCGCCCUCGCACGCCCUCCCCAUCCCUCCCUGCCCUGCGCCCACGCAUCUCUUUCGCUACUUCCCCCCCGCGCACCUGCCCCGCCUCCCCCACUUUCCCAACUACCCGCUCACCUCGCAGCCGCUGCUCCCCGCCUUCCCUUCCCGCCUCCUGCCUCCCGCGCACCCCUGCGCGCCGCCUCAGCGGCCCCCAGUGUGCGCCACGCCGUCGCCACCCGCCGCUGCCCCCCGUGCUGCUGCAGGUGCUGCGUCACCCCACGCUGGCACGGGCACCGUGGGCGAGCCUGGUGCACACACAGGGGGGGGGUCAGCGGGGACGGCAAGCACGACGGCGCUGAGGGAAGCGGCGGAGCAGCAGAAGCAGCAGCAGGCGCUGGGGCAAGCCAUCUUCGCCCUCCACCAGCAGCGCUCCGUGCUGCGCCAACAGCAGCAGCACGGCGCUCAGGCGCACGCAGAGCAGAGCGCGGGGAGCGUGGGGGCGGAGGCAAAGGCGGCGUGUGGGCCUCUUGGAGGGGCGAGAGGGGAGCGGGCAGGGACGAGCGCAGCAGCAAGUGGCGCAUGGCAGCAGCAGGCAGGGGGGGUGUGGCAGCAGCAAGGAGGGGGACCGUGCAGUGACUCGCAGUGCUCCGCGCUCCUCGCGUCCUCCUCUUCCUCCAAGGCGCCUGCCGCCUCCCCCUCGCUCUCCCUUUCCCCUGCUCCCCCACCUCGGCCCCCUGCUGCAGCCCGUGCCCCCACCGCCCCUGCGCCCACUGCGGAGCAAGCGGGGAGGGACAAAGCCGUGCCACACGCGCCCCUCCCCGCUGCAUCCGCGCCACGCCCUUGCACCCCUCGCUCCCCAUCCGUCCUUCCGAUUGGCUCUUCCGCUGCCCCCUCGCUCUCCCCCUCGUCGUCCUCCCUUCCCCCUCCAUCGUCCCCCUCCCCUCUCAAGCCCCCCAUGCCCGGAGUGUGGGUGCUUCCGCACCUGCCCCCGCGCAGCCCACUGGCGCACACUGACAGCGCGGCUGGCGCGGGCAAGGGGGAAGGCGAGGCGUUCACGGCCCACGCCACCCAGGGGCUCGAGGAAGGGCAUGCGGUGGGGGAUGAAGGCGCAUGUGCUGCUGCAGGGGAGGGUGGUGCGAGUGGCAUGGGGCAUGGAGUGCAGGGGGGCGAGGGGGCGGGCGAGGGCAUGGAGGCGGCCAUUCUGCACGAGCUGGAGAGCACCGUUGCCAAGCUGGCGGCGAGCAGCCGGCGCUUCAUCCACGAGGCGCUGCUGCGGCUGGCACGGAGCGCCAAGGGGCGCAGCACAGCAGGGGCAGGCGCCGCUGGCAGCCACAGCAGCAGCGCCACGGGGGGCUUGACGCCGUCUGCUGGAUGCGAUGCAGGGCGGGCCGAGCAGGCAGCGACAGCGACCGAGACAGAGACAGGGGGAGGGACAGGGGUGGGGGCGGGGACAGGGUCGUCGGGAAUGAGUAGUGAGGAGGGGCGGAGUCAGUCAGAGCCAGGGACAGGUGGUGCUGGUACGGUGGUAGCGCCGGCAUCAGAGGUGGCAGGGGAGGUGCGUGGGGAGGAGAGUGGAACGAACCGCAUCGACCGCGCCAUCGCCAACCUGCUAUUCCGCUCGCCCGUCCUCUUUGGCCCCUCCCGCCCACCUGCUUCUGCUGCACUGCCACUGUCUGCUUCACCUGCAGGGCUCCCUGGCCAUGGCGCCCCACACCACUAUCCCCUGCCUGCUGCCGUCUCCCCCGUGCCGCAUGUGGGCCCCCUGCAUGCCCUGCCCUCUGCCUCCAGCCUCGCCCCCACCGCCUGCCCACCCACUGCCCAUGCAGCUGCUGCUGCCACCUCCACCUCCUCUGCCUCCUCCACCGCCUCUGCUGCUGCCGUUGGCACCGCGGCUUCAGUGCGCAGCACGCCCCACGGGGCAGCACCACCAGGUGUGCUGCCGGUGCCCAUGCCCAUGCAUGCAGCCCCACGAGCCCACCCAUCUGCCCCUGCCACGGCACCACUGCAUCUCGCGUCCACUCCUCUGCACCACUCUGCUGCGCCGCUCUCAGCAGGGCCACAGCAGCAGCGCUCCACCAGCCCAUAUCUGCAGCACCACGCACCCACCGCUGCUGCCCCACCGUUUCUGCGGCACCCGGCGCCGCCUGUGACCCUGCCACCCCACAUGCAGCCAUGGGUGGCAUGGCAUGCACCUCCGUGGGGCACUGCACUGGCAGGCGUCCCCUCCACCCCCUCAGGCGUCGCGAGUCGCAUGACAGCUGCAGACAUGCCGCGCCAAUCACUUCCCGUGCCGCUUCUGCCCGCCGCCAUGCUUCCUCUCAUCAUGACGUCACCCGCAGCUGCUGCCGCCCUUAUUUCCGAGUCGCAACACGCGGUUGACUCGCUCGCGGAUCACAUAAUUGCCACGUCAUCAUCGAGUCAAUUCUUCCUCGCCUCGCUGCCCGACUUGUCAACCAUUCUCAACCUUUUCCACAAUAUCGACUUCGAAUCAGCAAUGGACUCGUGGCAAGACGUUGCGUUCGCUCUCCAAGACAGCGUGGACGAGUUUCUCUACCUCGCAAGCCACCUGGCGGAAUCGCACGACCUUGCCGCCUUGUCGCCCGCGACGCUCGCAAUCAUCUACGUCGCAGGGCUGCUAACGAGCUUCGCGCCGUGCACGCUCAGCCUGCUGCCGCUCACCGUCGGCUUCAUCGCCGGUUUCGACUCCCCCCCGCCCGCCCCCUCGCCGCCCCAAUCCGCAUCCGCCUCCCCCUCCUCUCCCCCGCCCUGUUGCUGCUCCGCCGACGACUCCCCCCCGCCACUCCCCGACGCGCGGUCCACGUACGCCGCCAGCGUGCCGGUCAACUGCUUCUUCUUCACGCUCGGCCUCGCCGCCACGCGCACCGCCAUGGGCGUCGCCGCGGCACUCGCCGGCCAACAUGCCGUGGGCGAUGUGGGCGGCGCGCUGCCCGCCGCCGUGUCGUUUGUGGCCAUGCUGGCGGGGCUGCACCUGCUCGGCCUGCUGCCCGUUCGCCUGCCCGCGCCUGUGGCGGCGCGAUUCAGCCCCGCGGCGGUGAGCGGGAGGGUUCCCGUGGCGCUGCAGAUGGCGGCGGGCGGAGCGGCGUUCGCGUUCGUGGCGUCGCCGUGCUGCACGCCCGUGCUCGCUUCGCUGCUCGCCUUCGUCGCGUCCACCAGGGACGCGGUGACAGGCGGAGCGCUGCUGCUGAGCUACACGAUGGGCUUCGCCACGCCGCUGCUGCUCGCCGCCUCGUGCACGGGCGCACUCAAACAGAUAUCAGCCGUCCGUCGGUACUCGGGGUGGAUUAACCCUGCCAGUGGCGUGCUGCUGCUGGGCGGAGGGGCGUAUGUGUUUGUGGGGAAGGUGCUGCCCCAUGCUGCCGUCAUGUCAACCAUCAUGUGA